GUCACCAUAUAUUGGUCCUCUGGACCAUCAGGAUCCAAAUACUGGAUUUUUUAUUUUUUUUAUUUUUUUCAGUUCACAUUGUUCUCAUUUUCACUGUCUUUAACGUUAUGAGAUUGAAGCCUUCAAAACAUUAGUUGCACAUCUCAGCCACCAGGAGGCGUAGCAUCACUAGGAAAUCACAGGUUCACCGCUCUUUCUCGUUUUUUUUUUUUUCUUUAGAGAAAUUCGAUUGGGGAAGGCAUUUAACACACAUGUGACUGGUUUGUUUUAUGGGAGGUGACUGUUUUGUAUCCUUAUUGAGCACUAUACCCUGGCUUUGAGAUCUUUGGAACACCUAACCAACCCAUGGCAAUUAGUUGCCUAAUAAGUUACUUAAGCUAAUUUAAGUAAAACAAUGAAAUAUAUAUAUAAGAGUAUGAAAGGUAAGAGCACAUUUUAAACAUUAUCCUCUGUUUAUAAUUUUUAUAUUUGUGUGUUUAAUCAUGCAGGAACCUUGUCAAUGACAGUUCAUAUGUCUUUACAUGUGUCAUUCUCAGGGUUGUACUUAAUCACUGGAAUAUGUUUGGUCCUUUUCAUUGCCUGUUGCAUGAUUUAUGUGCAGAAACCUGACUUACAGCCCGCACACCUGCAAGGCAAUGUAAAUCCAAUCUUGAAAUGCCCCUCACAUAAAGGCUGCACCUUCGACCAGUUUGCAUUUUACAUCAGGAGUGGGGUGGCUAAUGUGGUGCCACCAAAGAUCUGCUUUCAAGGCAAAGUCAUCAUAAGUGCAGCAAAUAUGAACACAGGCCCAGGUUUAAACAUUGCGCUGUUGGAUAAUAAAACUGGCAACGUUGUGAGCAGUGAGUUCCACUUCCAAGGAUCAGAUUUGCUGGACUUUCUGAGAGGAAUUAUGCCGGGACAUAUCAUACUCAUCGCUUCAUAUGACAAUCCAGCAUCCAUGCUGACAGGUGAAAUCCGUGAGAUCUUUAUGGGACUUGGAAGCUCCAUUAUUCAAAGAGUAGGAACUCGUGAUAGUUGGGUCUUUGCGGUUCAGAAGGGUUCGAAAGAAAGACCAUUUGAAAAGUACAUUCCUAAUGAUGAGAAGACCAACACAUACAAGGAGUGGACCUACUAUAUAGAACUGUCAGGAUGCCUUUCCAAGAGGAUCUGAGAGAACUUCCCUUUGGUGACACCAACAUCUAUUAUAGCUUCCAGGCAUCCACCAAAAUAAACUGAAAUGGACAUUGUUUACAAACUUGCAAAAUGAUGAGUGCAAAAGAAAUGUGCUUAAAUGUGAAUGUUUCAUGUAGGGCUGUCAAAAUAACUGAUUAAUUUCGAUUAAUUAAUUUGAGAACUUGA